UUUUCCUACAGGUGGAGGACUCCCCAAUGGAUCUCCGCAAUGUUGUUGUGUCUGCUCUCCUUGUCUUUGCUGUAGUUCUACGUCAACAUGGAGCGGAAGCGUCUCAGAUGUGCUAUGUGUGUUCCUACACGAUGUCUGGGGACCCUAGCCGGGACUAUGAGUGUGUGAAUGACCCGGCUAAUGUGAAGACAGGGUCGGUGAAGAUAAUGUGUGAUAAGUGGUGCACGGUACACAAAGUCACACAGCGAGAUACCGGUAAAAUCUGGUCCUUCUCUAGAGGUUGCGAGGAGUACAAACAGACCCAGUGCAUAGACUCCGCCUACACCGAGUGCUCAGAGUCAUGCAACGGCGAUCUCUGUAACAGCCUUGACUACGGUACUCCACCUAUCGGCGGGACGGACAAUGAAGAUCCUGCGCAAGCGCAAGACUACGUUUCCACGACAACGGAGACAACAACGCGCACAACUCUGAAUUGGAUCAAAGUUACAAAUGCCAAUAUCAUUCACGGUUCUCAUAAUGAUAAUCGACGCAGGAUCACGAAUAGUGGAUCGAAAUUUAGUUUAUCUUGUUUUAUCUUUAUUAUCUCGUUGCUUGCGGGACUGUCGAAAACGUACGUGUGACGAAACACUGGGGUGGGGCUAGCAUUAGUUAGGGCCUACAUGAUAGCUGCUACAGGGACAUAAUUUAUAUCCAGAAACCCCAAGCCGUCGUAGACCGUUGGGUAUUAUUUUCUGAGCCACGCAUUCAAGCAGCGUCUUUGUUUUAUCUUCCCUAUUUAAUAUUAUAAAGCACGUCAUUCGUGUUCACUUAUCGCGUAGGGUUAAAUAAGGCUACUUUGAUGUAUUGUAUACGUUUUUUAUAUUGUAUAUGUUUAUAUUCUUUCUAUAGGCCCUAUAAUUAUUUAAAAGUACAACUAUAAAGAAUUUAUCUUCAGCUCUAUAUCUAAAACAAUUAAAGGUGAGGAACAAUUAAGUUAUCCAGUAGCGGUUCUAUUUUACCAAACGUAACUACAUGUAGGCUUACUUGUGGCCUAUGUUACAAGUAGGCCUACUUCUAAUUGGUCCUAAUAAAACUUCCAGUAUUAUCGCUUUUGAAAUACCUGUUAUUUUCAUAAAUAAAUAAUAUUUAUAACA